UAGGAAACCGGGGCCAUGGCGGGGCUGAGCCGGGUGAGCAGUCGCACCUGUCACCCAGAGGAGCCGGCCGGCUUUGCAGAGUCAGCGGAUACUACCCGGACGCCAGUGCCCAUCGUGUCCUCCGUGUCCCCCGAGCUACCCGUCUCGCCGGGACAGGGUGCGGAGCCGCUGGGCAAGAACCUGUGGGAGCAGAUCUGCGAGGAGUAUGAAGCUGAGCUGCCUCCUUUUCCAGAGGGAUAUAAAGUCAAACAAGAAAGUAUAAUUACUGUUUCACCAUUGGAGGAAACGGUUUUCCAUGGCUUCAAUACAGAGCACUUUUAUUCAGCUCCUCAUUUGACCACAGAUUCACAUAUACCCUGUCCUAAAGUUAAACUGGAAACAGUCCAUCCAAAAACAUGUUCCCCCAAGGAAUAUUUGGAAACGUUCAUCUUUCCAGUUCUGCUUCCCGGAAUGGCUAGCCUGCUUCACCAAGCAAAGAAAGAAAAAUGUUUUGAGAGAAAAAGAACCAAGUUCAUUGCCUGUGAUUUUCUGACCGAGUGGCUAUACAAUCAAAAUCCAAAGAGGACAGGGGAGUCUUUCACAGAAUUCUUCUCCAUUCCAUUUGUGGAGCAGUGGCUGAAGCAUCACCCACGGUCAGCAAUCCCACUCUCCCUCCUGCUGACAGAAGAGGAGGCAGCGCUGAUCAUUCAAUCCUUCUGGAGAGCCUAUCUGGUUCGGUGCGAUCCUGAGAUCCAAGAAUUGCGUCAGUGGCAGAAGAAACUGCGUGAAGACAGCCACAUUCGCGAGAGAGUCAAGAUUUUCUGGGCCAAACAAGAACAGAAAGAAGUCUGCAUAGCUAGGACAUGCCUUCUCUUGAAAUGCUCAAAGAUCCUCUACUGUUCUGCUGAUAUUAAAAAUGAAAUGCAAAAUGGAGGAUGAGGAGAAGGCGUGAGCUAAGACUCUACCACCUUGUUAGCCACUGGUGGGAUCUUUUCCCUUCGGAGCCUCAGUGACCCUCUGUGAGGAAAAUGUAUGAGUUAUGCUUCCCCUCUGUUAGCUUUCUUAACGACCACAUUUGGUACAUGUGAAUACAGAAUCUUUUCUGCAGAAGAUAGCAUUUGUGGCACACAUGCUUUAGUGCAUAUAGUUUAUCCUAUGAGAAUACUGAUCUUAACUUUCUGCAAUAUCGCCAAUUUUAUUCUUUUAUCCGUAUUAUUUCUUCAAUGUUUCAGGUGUAUUCUUCUGCACCAGCCACCACUAAAACAGUACAAUGAACUCUGGUUCCAAGAGAUGUUGAAGUGCUUUAGUUACCAGUUUCCCACUCUGGGCUGCCUUUGCAAAAAUCGCUAUUUAAAUUUAAGUCCCAAAGCUCUUGUAGUGGGUUCUAAGUUGAUCUGGUUUUAAGUUAUUCAUUUCAUAAAAAAGGCAUACUGCCCUUCAAUCAUUUCCAAAGGAGACUGACUCUGAACUCUGAUUGUAGAUCCAACAAGGUGAGACACUUAAAGCCAGACAACAGUAACAAAAGAUGUUUGUUGUCAAGUCCCCAAAAUAUUUUAGGAAAGUUCUUCAUUUGAUGGGUAAGCUAACGUACUACCCUCAUUUGUUCUGGGGUUUGCUGUUAACCAGGAUUCCAGGAUUCCCCCAUUCAAAAGGCCAUAGUUAGCCUCUAGGCAGAUCCAAAAGAAAGCCUAGUGAUUCUACUGAGUUGUUUUGACAAGCUACCACACAUCUUAAGUAAAUAGUAAAGCCUUUAUUUUUGUGUUAAGAACAGCAUUUUGAAAAUAAAACCUAUCUGCCCAUGCUUUACAACCUUUAAGUUUGUAAUAUUUAUAUACAGUCAUUUAUGGUACACAUUGAUUGUCUUGAAAUUUCUUUAACGAUUUUUUUUUUAAUAAGUAUGCAACAGUCAGCCAGGGGAGGAUAAAGGUACAUUAUAAAACACACAUUAAUACAUUUAAUAAAUAUAUAUUAUCUAUCAAAAUCGAGCCAUAGCUCUUUAUCAAUUAAUAAAAAGCACCUGCUGAGAACUCCUGUAA